CUGUUUCAUGACAAGCCUUUCCUGGCAGGGCCUAUUAGCGGCACAGACCAGGCUGGCAAAGGCCCAUCCUGAGGUGGCGACCUUCACAGGCCAAUCAUAUCACUCGCAAUGAAAGCCUGCCGCUCAAGAUAAUACCACUUGGCCCCAAACACUGUAUAGUGUGUGCCUUUUCCUGCCUUCUGAGAAAGUUGAGGCUGAGCUGUUGAACUUCACUCUUAUCAGGCCUUUGGAAUUCCUACGCAUACAGUUGAGAUCAAGGUUUUUUUUUUGUUUUUUUUUUUAAAUUGGAAACUAAUUUCAGUUCACUUUAGAACCCGUUGUUUGGUGCACAAGUCUGGCUAUUUCAGAGAUUUCGGCUUUGCAGUUAAGUUAGAGUUGAUCUCUUCCCUCAGAAAAAACUGCUACUAGUUAGUGGUGGUAGUGGAAGUCUCCACGUAGAUAGACAUCAGCAAGGAAGGUUCUUGCUGAGACUCACGCCGAAAAAAAAGCCCAAAGGAGAACUCUGAGAACUCCUUUUCAGGAUGAAGCUGCAAGAGCAAAGAAAUACUUCUGACACAAACAAAUGCUGUCCGUUGACCAACAGAUGCAGGAAGACUCUUCCCCCAACCACUGCAGCUCCUGUGAGGGGAAUCUGGCUCCUUCAAGUGCAGCUUCCUCUCCUGCUGCUGUUCUCCGGCCUGCAGAGACCCACGGCUGCAAUUAAAAUCGACUUUAACUUGGCACCACGUUCCUUUGAUGAUCAGUACCAAGGCUGCAGCCAACAGGUCAUGGAGGAGCUAAGUCAAGAGAAUUAUUUCACAAAAGAAGUAGAAGCCCAAAGGAAUUAUUCCAGGGCCUGGCAUUCUGCCCACUUAACCUGGUUGAGCCGAAGUACAGCUCUCCCUAAGGACAUGACAAUUACACAUGCUGUGGCCAUCUUGGUUUACACAUUGAACAAAAAUGUUCACUCCGACUUCACUAAAGCCAUGGCCACUGCUGCCACGUCUCCACGGCAAUAUAAACAAUCAUUCCAUUUCAAAUAUCUUCAUUACUACCUGACCUCAGCAAUCCAGCUGCUGAGGAAAGGAACUGCCAAGACGAAUGUCUCUGAGUGUUAUGAGGUGCAUCAUGAGGCUGAUUCCUACUUGAAAGCCUCCACAGGUGCCACCAUUCGAUUUGGCCAAUUCCUAUCCUUCUCCCUCCUAAGAAAAGAGGCACAGAAGUUUGGGAACCAAACUCUAUUUACCAUAUUUACCUGCAUGGGUGUACCUGUGCAAAACUUCUCUCUCAAGAAGGAGGUCCUGGUCCCUCCCUAUGAGUUGUUUGAAGUUGUAAACAUGAGCUACCACCCAAGAGGAAAUUGGUUGCAACUGCGGUCAACUGGAAAUCUGAGCACAUAUAACUGUCAGCUGCUAAAAGGUACUAUUAUUGAUCUAAAUUGA